CAGGUCAAGGUUAAAUCGAGGUUGCCGGGCGGUGGUCUUAAGGCAGAAAGGCUGAUCAUUCAAUCACUAAAAAUGACUGCGAGCUACAGGCAGAAUAGCGCCAACAGUGAAUCCUUGCGAACUUUUCCGGCUUGGGGAUAUGCAAAUAUAACGAAGGGGCUGGGCAGAUGCAACCUCACCUGUUGGUGGUGCUUCUCAUUCCCUGUUUCAUGCGCGACGGCGGCGAAGCACAUCGCCUUCUCUCUGCUCCGGUAACGUCCGGGGUUCCUCGGGGGACAUUUGUUUGGACUCUGCUGCUUUCACGGCGCCAUCGAUGAAGCUCAAGAUAUAGAUUUACAAUGGUGGAAGAAAUGAGGAAAGUCAAAACCAUUUCCACCAGAAGCAAGCUGAUCUAAGUUUCCAACAUAGCUAUUAUGGAAUUAUUGAAAAACAUGGGAAUGCCUAGCAUCGUUUUGUCUGUUUUACAAGGCUGAGUUGCUAGCUCAACGCUCAACCCAGUGUGGAUGGAAAGUGUGCAGGGAGCUGGCCAGAUAAGAACUCACCCCAAAGUCCAUACGGAUACCACUACACCACUGCUGGCAAAAUACUGUUGAAUAUCAAGGGGAAAUUGGCUCAGCAGGUGCUGAUCUUUACUGUUAGCAGAUACUAUGCCUGUAGUUCACCGUCCAGCAGUGGCUACCCUCUUCCUGCCCCUCGCCCUUCUAAUAGUUGAUGCAUUCUGCAGAAAUGUGAACUUCCAUAACGUGAGGCCGCCAAAGUCGCCAACUCCAUUUCCAAACAGCUUCAAGUGCUUCACUUGCAACAACGCUUUGGACAAUUACGAGUGUAACCGUUGGGCUGAAGAUAAAUGGUGCCCUCAUUACACGGCGUAUUGCCUUACGGUGCACAGAUUUACAAGUCAUGGCAGGAGCGAAUCAGUUUCAAAGAGAUGCGUUUCUAAGGAGGAAUGCCAUUCUGUUGGAUGCCAUCAUUUCAGGAAAUUUGGUUAUACGGAGUGCAUUUCCUGCUGUGAGGGGAUGAUCUGUAACAUUGAAGUGCCAACGAAUCACACAAACGCAGUGUUUAUGGUGGAACGGAUGCAUGGUUCGCCUGUGUCUUGCAGCAGUGGGAUGCAGAGCAUAACCUGGAUCACAGCACCUCUUCUACUCCUUUUACAGAUCUGAUGCAGCAGCCUGACUGAGUUCUGUAAAUCCAUCAGCCACGCUGUCUGAUACCAGCUGCAGAAGGAAAGCACUGCCUUCCUGAUACUCCCAGAGAUUUACACUCAAAGGAGUGCGAUGUCAUUUUGUGAGUUUAACAGCAUUUGAAGACUGGACAGAACUUAUCAAAUGGGCAAAACUGCUGUCACGAUGGACUCCUGACUUAGCUUCAGUGAGUCCUAACCACCAAGUGAGGAUGUUCAAUGAUAUAUACAGAGCUUUUUUUUGUGUUGAAUCUUGUUUCCUGUGCUAAAAAGUGUUCUGUUUGCAUGGUGAUGUUGCUUUUUGACACCUGGUGAAUACAGACCUGGUAAUCUGUACAUGCAGUUUGGCAAAAGAUGUCUGCAAACUAUUUGGUCACAUUGGAGCAAAUUCUUUUCCGGUUUUUUCACGAUUGUUCCUUUCUGCACCUUGUGGUGCAUUGGGUGGCAACUUUGCUGUUUCCUUAGCAUUUUUCUGUUUUUUGCGAGGCUGAGUUGCUAGCUCGAUGCUCAACCCAGCACAGAUGGAAAGUCUGCAAGGAGCCGUUCGGAUUCGAACCAGGGACCACUCGCCUCUAAGUCCAGUGCAGAUGCCACUACACCACCGGCCAACAAUUGCACAAUUACUGGAGUAGAAACUGCAGACAGAUUUUCUACCAACUGAGGCCAGUGAUUUGAGACAAGUUACAGUUUCUUCCAGUUUAGCCCAGGAAGAAGGCAAACAACAGAGGAAAGCCCGAGGUUGAAUUUGGGAGCUCUUCUGGCCUGAUUUGACAGUAAUUCUUGGAAUGAGGUCAAAAGAACAGUAAUAGAAGUUUUCAAUAUUAACUGUUUGUUUGAUUUUGUUUAAUUUGCUCAAAACUGAACCUUACUGCUGUGGUCUUUGAUGAAGAGAUAUGAGUAAUAACAUGGUAUGACAGAAGGAAAAUAAUAUUUUCUGUUACAAUCAAAGCAUGAAGAUUUUCUUUUUUAGGUCAUAGAAGUUUCUAAACUAGUAGAAGAUGUUGCUGAGAAAGAUUAUUGUGACACAGGCAACAGGCAUGCCUGUUAGAAGCUUGGUACAAAAGCCUUAUCCUGCAUUUACAACAGUCAUUGCAUGUUGAGCCUGAAAUUCUCAAAUGUAGAUAAAUGAGAGGGCUAAAAUUUAAAAAAACGUACUUAUUUUUCCAUGUAUUGGGUGAGCAGCAAUUGGACUGGUUCAGAGAGAGUACUCUCAGGAUAUUUAUAUUAACAUUGAUCAAGCUUGAAAUAGUGGUUAUAUUUGUAUGUAUUUCUCUAGCUUUCUAAGAUAUUAAAUGUAUAAUGUGUGUCUCUCCCACAACUGAUACAUUUCUUAAAUGGUCACCUACUAUUAGAAUAUUUGCUGCUGGAACACUGAACUGAGUGAUCUAAAAAUUUCAAAAACUUGACAAAUAACUUUAGAUUAUGGAAUCAACAACAUCUCAGAAAAAAAGAUCAAGUUAAUGUAAAACCGGAUCAUCUCCUUAAGGCAGGAAAGUAUUAAAGUAUUAAGCAUUAUGAAGAAGUAUUAACAUUCAAUGUGAAAUAACUGCAGAAAGUGAUGUGAAUACUCAAUUGGUCAGGGAGCUUGUGAAUGCUUCUACUUGUCAAAAACUCUUCUGACGCUGCUCGACCCACUAAAUAUUCUCAGCAUUUUCUGUUUUUGGAGGUGUAUAAGAUGAUGAGAGGCAUUGAUUGUGUGGAUAGUCAGAGGUUUUUUUUUCCUAGAGCUGAAAUGGCUAGUACGAGAGGGCACAGUUUUAAGGUGCUGGGGAGUAGGUACAGAGGAGAUGUCAGGGGUAAGUUUUUAUACAGAGUGGUGAGUGCAUGGAAUGGGCUGCCAGCAAUGGCAGUGGAGGCGGAUACGAAAGGGUCUUUUACCUGUCCUGGGCAGGUACAUGGAGCUCAGAAAAAUAGAGGGCUAUGGGUAACCGUAGGUAAUUCCUCAGUUAGGUAGAUGUUCGGCAUGGCUUUGUGGGCCAAAGGGCCUGUAUUGUGCUGUAGAUUUUCUAUGUUUAUUUAGCAAAUAAUUUAAACAUUUUACCCUUUUUUCAUUAUUCUGGCAGCUUCCCUCUUACUUUCCAUUAGUGAGAAAGAUCUCAGCCUGAAAUGUCAACUGUUUAUUGAUUUCCACAGAUGCGGCCUGACCUGCUGAGUUCCUUCAGCAUUUUGUGUGUGUUGCUUAAGAAGGCCCUUCAACAGAGACAUUGUAUUCUUAAUAGGAAAUUAUUUUACAUUGACUACAGGACAGGAUAUGUUUUAAUCCUGCUGUUUUCAGAAAACUGAGUAGGAAUGUAUUUCCGGUAAGUGCAACAAUUGGGAUACAUAGAGACCAAUACAAUUUUGGCCCAAUUAAGCAGCUGCCGCAAUUUGCCAAAGUUUCAUAGAAAUAGGUAAAAAGGUAUAUAAAAAAAACACGACCAUUUAAAUGAGUAACAAAUCAGGUAAUUAAAUAAAAUACAGAACAAAUUAGAACAGUGCCAAUACCACUACAGUACUAUAAAAUUGUAUUAAUUCCUAACAGUUACAGAAGGAGGAAUGCAUCCAGUGUACACCACAGUGUUCUUCUGAUUGACUGUAAAUUAACAAAAUCAGCACUAAUACCUAGUGCAGGUAAUGGACUGCCUUCAUACAGUGCUUUCGAUGAUUGCAUCUCCCAGAUCUUCAUUUUCAUUGUAACAUUCAAGAUGAUUGUAGAUACCUCCAAAUUCUUCACAUGUCCUAACUUGAGUGAAAUAAUUUCAUUUUCACUCCCAGCCAUCUCUGGCAGCUCCAAGCCUGAAAGCUUGAAACCGCAGCGAGCAAACCAGUUCUGAAUUGUCUUCCUGCUUUUUUCUUGCCAGCUUUUUGAACACAAACACACACAACUGAAUGUAUUUUAAAAAACUGUUCACUCUAAGCAUAACGUAGUGUCUUAUGGCCACGCAAGUGCAUGUGACUGUUGCUGGUUAGAAACUGCAGCGAUCUCCUGUCCCAGUUAAGUGGCAUAUUACCAACUAAGUGAAGGGAAUUCUGGCUAUUUUCUCAAUUUAUUUUGUUCUUUGAGCGUUGUCCCAAAUGAGUGGCUACUCUAGUUAACUGAUGCACAAUUAACUGUAAUCCACUGUCAUGGUAACAUAUAUUUACUUUAAAUUAGUUUAUUUUGAAUUUUGAACUUUAAACAUCCACAUGUGUGCCUGGAUAACUUUUUAAAAAUAACCUUGCCAACCUUUAGUCGAAAACAGAAAAUGCAGAGAUAUUCAGGAAGUCAGGCUGCAUGUGUGUGAAGCAAAAUAUGUCAACACUUUCAAAACGUCCACUUGUUUUAGAAAUUACUUGGGCCCUUAUCUCCCAGUAGAGCACAGGCAACCAGUGACGUUCUGUCUCCAUUGUACUCUGAAGCUGAUGGUAUGGUUUGAGUUCAUCAAUGCUUCUGCAAUCCACUUCAUCCACUGUGCAGUGGAUUAGCCUUACAGCUUCACCAGACCCCUGCUGGCAGGCCUUACCCAUUUCCACCUCUCAUGACAGAUAUAGGAUUUGACUUUUGAGAGUAAGUUUUAGUCAUUGCUGUUCUGAAAUCUCUCUCUUUGCUCCUCCAUCCAAGUUGGACUUGCAUCUUGCAAGUCAUGUGUCGUCCCAAUUGCAUCUUCAAAAUUGAACUGCUUUGCAUUGAUGUGUGUUAACUUCAAAUGCCGAUUAUUUGCCCAUUCUGCAGAUAUCCUUCUGUAAUUUGUAAGGAUGCUGUAUACAGAUGCUACUUGACCUGCUGAGCUCUCAGUGCUGUCUGCUUUUAGUUCAGAUUUUCAACAUCUGCAGUCUUUUUGUUUAUUCUCAUUUUCCCUUCUGUAAUUUGUUGUAGUCUUAACUACCUUCCUGAAAUUUAGUAUUAUUUUCAAAUUCAUGAAGAAUAUGCUUGAUUCUAAAUGAUUAAAAUGAAUUAUGAAGAACUGUUGAAUCAGUAUAAAUCUUGUGAGAUACCUGUGGGGUUCUAGGGUGAAAAACUUUUUAAAAAUUCCAUUCCUCUGUUUUCUGUCUGGAAGUCAUCUUGACAAUCCAUGGUGGACAAAAGCAUCCUAACAUCAGGUGAUGCAGAUUGGCACCUUUUCAUCUGUAUAUUCCAUUGCUCAGACCAAUGGUUAGUGCAGUCAUUUCCAAGUAUGUUUGCCAGGAUCUACAGAAAUAGUUGGCACAACCAAGUGAACAUCACUGGCACCUGGUCACCCUACCAUCCCAAUUUUCACAUAGUUUUAAGGCUUACUGUGUUUCAGAUUUAAACUGAAGGGUCUGGAAGGUUUAUUUCCUAUCAAUCAAAAGCCGCAGGAGUCCAAGCUAAUUUUACCUUAAAGUUCCAGAUAUAAAGCAAUUUUAAAAAUGACCUUCAGAUGUUGGUCUUUGGAGCUGUCGUUGGUACAGAGCUGAUACUGGGCUUGAGCAAAGGAACAUGGGUCAAGCUAACAUUUAAGGUCUUCCUGUGACAUUUGCUUUCUUUUGAUGGUUAUUUUUGGAACCAGCUUCAACAUUAAUUGAACCAGCAUUAUGCACAUAAAUUUAGACCCCAAUCCUUACUGGAGAUUUGCAUGGAACUGUGAGGAAUUUUUGUGAAUGAAGAAACUAAGAUAAUGACCAGUGACCAUGCCAAUGACUUUUUGGACCUCUUUAUAGUUGAUAUUUCAUUCUUAUAGUUUAAGAUUGAAAUGCAGUACCUCAGAUAAUCAAAGUUCAAAGUAUAUUUAUUAUCACGGUAUGUAUACAUUGUACAACCUUGAGAUUUGUCUCCUAAGAGGCAGUCACAAAACAAAGAAACCGCGAAAGAAACAAUUAAAAAAAGAACUGUCAAACACCCAAUACAGAGAGAGAGAGAGAGAAAGAAAAACAACAAGAGUAGGCAAAUAGCUUCAGAACUGAAGGUUGAUGUAAGACAGAAAACCAGACAUUGCUGCAGCAGGAGCAGGCCACAGUCUCAGUUCAUCAUAGAGCUGAAUAAAUGUCAAAGGGCUACAGACACGAAGCCAGGCAUCAUUGCAGCCAGAGCAGGCCAAGGCCUCAGUUCAGCAUAGAGAUGAGUAAAUGUUGUGGAUUAGUGAACAGUACCAGACAGAACCAGCCCUCAUCUCGCCUCCGGUCCCAAAAUCCAGACCUUUUCAAUCUGGCCUGGUGCUUAAAUGAUCCAAACAUUUGGUCAUUCCUCACUCUUGGACUGCUCUGGGCAUGGACCCCGCUGCCCCAAUUCUGCCUGUACACGAUCUUUCCAGUUCAGCCCCAUGCUUAAAUUGAUAGGACAUAGGGAUUCCCCUCACUCUUGGGAACGCUACGACUCUGCUUUGACCACACCGUCACUUGCCUCGCCCCUGCCUUUCCGACGCCUCCACCGCUGGCCUCUCUAUCGUUAGCACUGAUCGUUAUGAAUAAAGUGCUAUUAAUAAGGUACUUAGCAGUUUUCUUUGUUUUGUUUUUUGUUGCUGGUAAGUAGUUGCUGGACAUCACCAGUGCUAUCUUAACCAGCUGCUUCCACCAACUAGUAAGACAUUCUUCUCUUUUCUGUCCAUAUCUGUCUGGCUAUUUAAUCUUCUCAAGCAACACCUACAAAAUGCUGCCUGACCUGUUGAGUUCCUCCAGAAUUUUGCGUGUGUGUUGCUUUUGAUUUCCAGCAUCUGUGUACUUUCUCAUGUUUAUUAUUUAAUCUUCUCUUUCAGAAUUUAAUCUAACAUCUAUUACAUAGCAGUUUAUUUGUGAAUGAUUCGUGUGAACAUAGGAAUGAUGAACAGUAUCUUGAUUACUGUUGAAGGCACAUUUCUCCCAUAUUGCCAGUACACUAAUGUGUAUUUGGUGUUGAUAUGAACCAAAGUGAUGUCCUGAAAUUUAUUGUCUAAAAGGAACUGUGAAGGUUGACAUAAUGCAUUGAAAUAUCCACAUGAAUGAUCAAUUUUCAUUUCAAAUCUCAUGAAUUCCCUUGUGCAAAUGAUAAUCAACCAUUUUCUCUGACAGCGUAACCCAGACAAAGUAAGUGCCCUGAUAUGAUUCUUUAUAAUUGUCUUAAAUCAUAAUAUUAACUGAUAGCGGGGCAUUGGGAAUUCAGACUCAAAAGCUUUUGCUUCUGUUUUGGCAGCCAAAUCUUUUUUGAAACACAUGAUCUAUAAUUCCCUUAUUAUAUAAAAAGUAAGAAUUUUAUUUUCCACUCAGACAAAUUGUUAUUACGUUAAACGACUGAAACAUUGCUCAACUUUACUAUAUUACUGGUUGCCCUGGAUACUUGGCAGCUCUGGAGGUGCAGUGAUUUUGAAAACGAAUGACCUAAAUCUGAAGGCAUUGUAAUUAAUAUCUGAACUUGUUUUGCCAAACUUCUGGCUAAUCCAUCAGAUCUGAGUGCUGAACUAUUCUAUUCUAACCAGUGGAAUUGGAGAAAAUGUGGAAAAUUACUCUAGCUGGUGAGAAAUAAGCAUUAAGACAAUUCAGAAUGGUUUUGCUCAAUGCUGUUUCAAGCAUUCAGGCUUGGAGAUGCCAGAAUAGCCAGGAGUGAAACUGCCAUGUUGUACCUUGUCUUUGGACUGGGUGUAUUUUAACUUUACAGACUGAACAUUGUGUCCAGCAAUUUCAGAUAAUAAACAUAAGCUGAUUUAUUUCUAUUUUCCCCAUCUGCUCUACUUCCAUUAUUAUUGUUGCACAGAACUUUUUUUCUCUCUAAUAUUUGUAGAAUUAACCUGUUGGAAUCGAUCACACACAUUGUGACCAUCACAAUGUGGUACUGACAAUGAUCAGAAAAUAAAUCUUUCUAGCUGAAGAAGUGCUUGGUAAACUCAAAUUACCUGUAAUAAAGUGACUGCAAAGAUUAGGUUUUCAGAGAAGUCAAGGCACAGAGUAAAUUGUGAUCCAGAUAGAAUGCACUUCCUUACUAGCACUGGGAAAGAUUCAUCUGUUGUGUUCAAAGGAGAAUUUGAUGAAAAAUUAAAGGGAAUAAAAGAUAUAGGAUAUUGUGGUUAAUUAAUUAAUUAAGUGAUAUUACACCAAGUAGGCCCUUCUGGACCUUCAAGCCAUACCACCCCAGCAACUACACAACCCCAGUUAACCCUAAGCUAAUGUCGUGUGAACAAGUGAAAUAAGUUUCUUUCAUUUGACAAAUGAAAGGAGCAAUCAAUUAACUCAACCUGCUGAAUAUAUUUUCAGUCCCGAAUAUCUCUUCUGCAUUGAAGUUCAGUCACUUUAAUCUUUCCUUAUUGCAGUCAGCCCGCCGAACCGUCAAGGCAAUCCUUCUAUGGAAAGGAGAUCCUCUUCAAUGUGGAACCAUUCCAAGUACAGACCAGUCAGAGUUCCACAAAAACCUGCAAAGUUCGGAGUUCAAAGUAAAUUUGUUAUCCAGGUACAUAUAUGUCACCAUAUACUAUCCUGAGAUUCAUUUUCUUGUGGGCAUUCACAGUAAAUACAAAAAACACAAUAGAAUCGAUGAAAGACCGACCACAGGAUGGACAACCAACCGACGUGCAAGAAAAACAACAAACUACAAAUAGAAAAAGAAAAAGAAAAAAUAAUAAUAGAAGAAGAAAUAAAUGUUAAAUAUCGAGAAUGUGUUACGAACCCCGUAACUGGGUCACUUACCAGCAAAGAUAGAGAGGUCCGUUGAAGUCUGAUGAUACUAUUUUUAACAGUAUUUAUUAGUAAAAAUACACAAAAAUAAUAUCAAUGCAAAUAUACAGAUAAUAUACAUCGUCAAUACUAAAUCUAAAAGUGCAGAUAUAAUAAUAAUCAAUAAGAAAUAAGCUCUAUCGUUGUCUAGGGGAUAAUGUAUUGUCCGAUGGAACUAUAAAGUUCACUCAGUUCAUGCAGGCUGCAGCCGUUGGGGACCGCAGUGUUGCAAUGGUUGGAGAGAGAGAGAGAUUUGGAGAAAAACUUGCCGAUUCCUUUUAUGAUUUCGAUCCGUCAGGAGUCUCGUUGUCGUGGCCUUUCACUUGUGGCCUCUCGUUUAGCUAAACCGUUCUUCCGUGAUGAGCCCGCCACCCUGGCAAGGGAGAUCGCACACGGGCCCUCACCGUCCUUCGCUAUAAAACGCUACCACGGGAUUUCUAGCGUUUCUCCUGGUGCGUCUAAAGGGGUUGUUCCCCAGACCCUCUUUUAUCCUUACUCACGGGGUCUCAGAUGUCAGUCAGGUUGGGAUGAUGCUCUGGUUGUCCCCUGAGGGGUUUCAAUGAAUAGUACAAUACUCAAUACACAAUUCCGUCUCCAAGAGACAAUAGCUGUUAUCAGUGGUUCUGUUUCGCUGAGGCCAGGACACAUUCCAAACCCUGUGUGUUCUGGACGUCUCUCUCUCAUUUCCUGGGUCUCAGACCCAAAUUAAUAGCAAUCUUGUGAUUCUCAAAAAGGAGGGGGCAACUUUGUACCCUUCGGCUCCUCAGAGUUGCUUCACAUUCAUAACAAAUGCGAGAUGAAUAGUGCUUUAAAAGUGAGUCCUUAGCUUGUGGGCAACACACAAAAUGCUGGAGGAACUCGUAUAUGGGAUAAAAAGUACAGUCGACGUUUCAGGCAAAGACCCUUCAGUGUUGGGAUGAGUGAAGUUAUCCCCUCUGGUUCUAUACGCUAAUGGUUGAGGUGUUUCUGAACCUGGUGGUGUGGGUCCUGAGGACCCUGUACCUCCUUUUUAUUUUAUUGAGAUACUGUGCAGAAUAGGCCCUUCAAGGUCAGCAGUCACCCGAUUUAACCCUAGCCUAAUCAUGGGACAAUUUACAAUGACCAAUUAACCUACCCAGUACAUCUUGGCCUGCGGGAGUGCCUGGGGGAAACCUACACAUCCCAUGAUGAGGAUAGACAGCAACUCCAUAGAGAACGGCGGAGGAACUGAACUCUGAACUCAGGAGCACCCUGAGCUGUAAUAACAUUGCACUAACCAUUAUGCUACCACUGUGUGUGAUUAGCUUCUGUAAUCUGGUCGGUUACAUUCUUCCGAGUCAGUUGGGUGCUGGUUCAAAUCCCACUGAAGAGACUGGAACACAAAAAUCCAUCUUGAAACCAAAUCAGCCUUUUAUAACUUAGAAUCACAAAAUGAUGGAGCACAGAACGAGGCUGCCAUGUCUACUGUGCCGUGUCUAAUUUUAACAGCCUCCAGCCACGCAAAGUGAAGUGAGAGUCGGUUCACACACAGCCAUUUCCCUCACCAAGCAAUCAUUAUAACAAUGUAUUUUUUAAUGACAUAGGAUGAGGGAUAAAUAUAAACCAGCACACAGAAGAAAUAUCCCUUGCUCUUCUUCGAAACAAGUCAUAAGUUUAUAUAUACCUGUUAUUCAGGAAUGUAAAAAGUGUCCUCAGCCCAACACUUCACCUAAAUAAAUCACUUUACCACUUCAUCCAAACUGAGAGACCUGGCCCGAAGCAUCAACAGCUUAUUCCCCUCCAAAGGUGCUGCCUGAUUUGCUGAGUUCCUCCAGGAAAUUUUAUAUGUAUUAUUUUAGAUUUCUAGCAUCUGCAGAAACUUUUGCAUUUACUUCAUCCUAAAAACUGCACUGCAGAGCAUCAUUGAGGGGGUGCUUUAUUUUUUGUUCAUGCACUCAAUCCUGGAAGCUAUGGAUGUGGUUUAGAAUGAUUUCUGCUCCAAAACUGAGAAAACCAUGGCUUGCAUCCCAGAGUGAAGCAAACCGAUUCUUCCUAGCAACACCAAUCUUUUAGAAAGUUAUAAUAGGAAAGGAGGGUCGAGGAAAAGGAGACUUCCUGCUUAUGAAAUGUUUGGAGUAUUUAACAAGCAUCCUGCUCCAUCAAAGACCCCGAGUCAGUGCCUUCAGUCCAGUCACAGCAGCUGUAGACUACAUUGUCCGAGUGAGACACUGCAGGAACAUCUGCAUCACCAGUCUUAAAUCCCCCUUGAAGGGUGCCAUGGUAGCCUAGUGGUUAGCCUGAUGCUAUUACAGCUCAGAGUGUGGAGUUCAAAGUUCGGUUCUGCUGCUGUUUUGCAAGGAGUCUCUGUACGUCCUCCCCGUGGAAUGCGUGGGUUUUCUCAGGUGCUCUGGUUUCCUCCCAUAGUCCAAAGAGGUGCCAGGCAGGUUAAUUGGUCACUGUGGAUUGGCCUAUGAUUGGGCUAGGGUUAAUCGGGGUUGUGGAAUUGCUGGGGCAACAUGACUCGAAGGACCAGAGGGGCCCAAGAUGUAAUGGAUUAUUGCUGAUUUGUCUUUCCUAACAUUUCAAAGUCCAAACUUCAAAUUAAAUUUAUUAUCAAAGUGCAUAUAUGUCACUGUAUACAACCCUGCGAUUCAUUUUCCUGUGGGUAUACUCAGCAAAUCUGUAGAAUAAUAACUAUAACAGGAUCAAUGAAAGAUCAACCAGAGUGCAGAAGACAACAAACUGUGCAACUGCAAAUAUAAAUAAAUAGCAAUAAAUAACAAGAACAUCAGGUAAGAAGUCAGUAAAGUGAGAUUGGUUGUGGGAACAUCUCAAUGGAUGGGCAAGUGAAUGUAGUUAUCCCCUUUUGUUCAGAAGCCUGAUGGCUGAGGGAUAGUCACUGUUCCUGAACCUGGUGGUGCAAGUCCUGGGGCUCUUGUACUGUCUACCUGAUGGCAGCAAUGAGAAAAGAGCCUGGCCAGGGAGGUAAAGAUCUCUCAUGAUGAAUGCUGCUUUCCUCCAACAUCGCUUCUUGUGGAUGUGCUCAAUGACUGGGAGGGCUUUACCCAUGAUGUACUGGGCCUUUUGUAGGAUUUUCCAUUCAAAGACAUUGAUGUUUCCCAUGACAUAGAAGUGGGUCAUUUGCCCCAUUCCUUAUUCCCAAUGUAUUUCUUGAGAA